GGAGGGGCUAUAGAAGUGGUCAGUUUCUGAAAAAAGGUAGUAAGGGCCAAUUAGAGCCAUGUGUGUCUUUAUGUGGAAGGACUGCAACGUCAAUGCGUUUUGACCGAUAUUUUUUUCUUUUUAUAGAAAGCGUUUUCGACGUUUAAUGAGUUAUCAUUGCAAUCCUCCCUGACUAUGAUUUGUCAAAACGAGUCGAUGUGCGGAUCUGCUAUCUAGCCACUGCACCUCAUUAUUUAUCACCAUUGUUCAAUUUUGCGCGCAGCACCUCAGUGACGGCUCCGAGUUUUACUUGGAACAAUCGGAACUUUUCCCGUUCAUUUUACGUCACCCCCCCCCCCUUUUUUUUUUUUUGUUUAACUCAUCCUAAUUCUGACGUGGAUCCAUCAUCGUCAGGACCCGAACAUGAAACUGUGCUUGAUGGUCGAGGCUGCUGUGGGUCUUUAUCUUCUUCUCGCACCUGCACAGAGUCUACCCACAUUGGGCCUAAACAACGCAACUAAUGCAUCCACGGUUUUGUUGUUCCAAGACGUGUGGGCUCGAAGCUUGUGUCGGACCAUUGAGAAGCUGGUGGAGGUUGCGCAGGAGUACCCGUCCGAAGUGGAGCACAUCUUCAGCCCUGCCUGUGUGACUCUGGUGAGGUGUGCAGGCUGCUGUGGGGAUGAGAAGCUCGAGUGCCACCCUACUCUCACCACUAAUGUCACAAUGCAGUUGCUGAAAAUUAGGCCAGCGGAGCUUGGCAGGGAAUAUGUUGAGAUGACCUUUGUCGAGCAUAAGACAUGUGAAUGUAGAGUCAAAAAACCUGUUGGGAAAGUUGAAAGGAAAAGGCAAAGAGGAAAAGGACGGAGGAGAAAGGAGAAGCAAAAAACUCAAGACUGUGACAGGUGCCAAAUCCCUCGACGGUAACUGCAGCAGACAACCAAAGCCCUGCUGUAGUGUGGCUCGCGGAUUAUCUCCAGUCCGGUGACAGCAUCAAGUGUCUCUUUUUCGCUCGUCUUUAAACGCUGAGUGUACAUCAGGAGACUCCAAACAGCCGGGUUGCCCAUCUGGUGAUGAGCGCAGUGUUUGUGACGACAAGGUUCAACAGAAAUGUGCUUUCAUUGGUGGAAAGCCUGCUGUUACACACUUGACACAAUGGGCACACACCUGGGAGCCAAGUGCAAUGUAGGACCAAACAGACUGAUUACACUAGUUAUCACUGUAUCAGGUAUGGUAAUUGUUACAUUUCUUUGGUAUUUAAAGUUUGUUACUCGUGUGUAUUUAUUGACAGAAACACCACGAUUAAAAAAAAUGGACUAAUAAUGUUUUCUCCAAACCUGCUUUGACUCAUAACUGAGUUUUAAGUGAAAUAUCUCCCUCUAGUGUCUAAGAACACAUUUUAGCAUUGAUGCCUAAAAUGUGCAACCACAGGUCUAAAUAAGAAAACACGACACCCUCCUUUUGAGCUGCGUGCACACGGCGAUGCUGAACCAGGGAGGUCAUAGUCGUCGUCGUAUUCCAUGCGUGUGGACUGCAAGAAAACCAAAAGACCAAUGAAUGCCGGUUUAUUGUGUGCUGCAUACAAUUACAGCAAGGGAAAUGGGAGUGACCUUACACGAGAAAUAAAUGUAAUGUCGGUUUUUAUUUUUUUUAUUUUAUGUUUUCAAACCAUACACUUUGUUGACUAAAUAAAGUAAACAUUAAAAUCAGUGGAGAAAUGAGCAAGUCGGGCUUUAAUUUCAAUGUCCACGCAUUGUCUUUGAAGGGAUUGUUGACCUUCCCAACAUGGCCGCCACGUAG